AUGGGGAGCCUCAGCUGCUGCCUCCUGCUCGCCCUGGCCAUGCUCGGCUCCCUCGCUGCUGCUGCCAGGAAGUGCAAUCUGCAGGGCCUGUGGAGGAACGAGCUGGGCUCCAACAUGACCCUCUCAGCCAUGGACGCGGCCGGGACCUUCUCGGGCUCCUAUCAUACCGCCGUGGCGGCCACCAACAAGCAGAUCCUGGUGUCACCCCUGCAAGGGGCCCAACAGCACCCCGGUGCUAAGGGGCAGCCCACCUUCGGCUUCACAGUGCAGUGGCAGUUCGCAGACUCCACCACCGCCUUUGUGGGCCAGUGCUUCGUGGACCACCGUGGGAAGGAGACGCUGGAGACCAUGUGGCUCCUGCGGGAAGAGGUCCCAUCCCGCAGGGAUGCCUGGAAAGCCACCAGGGUUGGCACCUCCAUCUUCACACGCAUCAAGUGA